UGAGCUUGCACUUGGAUUUUCCCUUUCGAGAUAACCCCUUUAGUUCUGGUCUUCCUGAUCCCCAGCGUGGCGACAGAAACCCCACUCCCGGGUCGGUUGUGGUAAUCAUGGCUACGAACGGUGACGCCAAAGCGCCGUCGGCGGGCACCUUGGUCGAUGCGUCGGGAUACAAGUUUUCGGAGAAAGAUGCGAAACCAAGCAAGAUCAAGGUGAAGAAGUCGGCGAAGUUGGGGAAGAAGAAGGCCGAUGACCCCCCGGCCUCCCCAGGCUCCUCACCCAUCUUACCGGAGAUCGACGAGAAAACCAUGGCCGCCUUCCCGACCGGCAAACCGCGCGAGGAAGAUCACCUGGAGACGGUCAUCUGCAAGACCUGUAAGAGGCCGGUCCUCAAGCAGGGUGCCGCCGAGCACAUUCGCGGAUGCAUCAAGGCCAAACAGGAGAAGGCCCGGCGCAAGAAGGAAGCGCGCGACGCCGCCAACAGGGCCAAGGAGAAGGGCGACAAGGACGGGGACGAGGAAGCCGCGGGCGGCGAGGGCGACGACUCCAUGAAGGGCCAGAAGAGCGCCAAGAAGAGCGCCGUCAAGGGCAUGGCAGAGGACGGCACCAAGAAGGGCAAGAAGCGCAAGACCGAGGCCGAGGACGAGAAAGACAAAGAGCCCAAGAAGAAGAAAAAGAAGGAGGAACCCAAGCCCAAGGCAGCCAAGCCCAAGGGCCCGGUUGAUGUCGAGAAGCAGUGCGGUGUCACCUUGCCGAAUGGUGCCCAGUGCGCUCGCUCCCUGACCUGCAAGAGUCACUCGAUGGGCGCGAAGCGUGGCGUCCCCGGUCGUUCGCUGCCGUAUGAUAUGCUGCUUCAGGCUUAUCAGAAGAAGAACCAAGCGCGCCAGCAGAAGGCUGCCAUUGAUGCCAAUGCCCCUCUGCAGGAUGAUCUGGAUAACAACGGCCCCGUGGACUCGGAUGAAGAGAAGGACGCUGUGAUGGCAGGCAUUACUCGCUCUCACCCCCUGCCGCUUGUCACUCAUACUUUGAUGUCGACCAAGCAGAAGUACAAGUACGUUCGGAUCAAAGAGAUGCUCUCGCAUGCCCUGGGCGGCUCUCGAGGAGGCGGUCUUUUCUCGAAUGGCGAAAACAACAACGCCUCCGUGACGGAUGGCAAUCCGUUUCAGCCCGUGGACGACAUCCUACCUUCAACAACGUCGCCUGUCUCUGCGGGUGCACCCGAAAAUUCCACCGACGCAGGUGGGACGACUCCCGCCACGGCUGCGAAGAAGUUGUCGGUGCCGACAAGCUCGUAAAGCUUACUUUAUUCCAUCUUAUUCUGGAAAGGGAGAUCUGUCUCGGCGAAGUGUCAGAUUGAGAACGACGUGACGACGGCGCUUUGCAUUUUUAUCUUCAAAUCGGUUUCUGCUGUGGCGUUAUUGUGGGAGCUUCUGCGAUCGGAGUCUGGAUCCGGUUUACUUGUGUUGAAAUGAUGAUACCCUCUUGAGUCUCUUGGGAUGUGGAUGGCUGUAAAUUAGUCGCUGUCUUUUUCUAUGUUGUCUGGUUUUAUUCUAUUGUACGUCUUCAUGGAGGGGUUCCACUCCUCGGAGUGAUACAUGACACCGGAUUUUGUACGUGAGAGCAUCCGAUAUUUGAAAUACCAUGUGUUUAUCUGUCUG